AUCAUCUAAGCUAUUAAAGAGCGCUGGCACCAGGGAAGAAAAUAUAGACGACAUUUUUGAUGAAAUCUGUAAUGACAGUAGUUUCCCCAAAACACCUCAGAAAUCCAAGUCUAACUCUGCAGGUGCUGCACCUCACAGCAGUAAUCUUGUUACACAGGUCUAUGGGAAACGGUGCUGUCCAGUGUAUCUGGGUGGAAGCUCUUCACCAUGUGGUAUAGGAACAAAUAUUUCAAAGAGAACAUGUGAUCAGCUGCGCUGUACUGCUUGUGACUUCCGUGUGUCGCUUUACAAUGACUACAAGUGGGAUCAGUCCUGUGAUUACCUUUUUUUCAGGAAUAACAUGCCUGACCUCAAUAAGCUAAGGGCGAAGAUGAUAAGGAAGAAAGGCUCCCGGGCCUACGCUUGUCAGUGCAGCUGGAGAGCUGUGGACGAGUUAACCGACCUGCAGACAGAGCAGCAGCUUCGCUGGGUUUGUGGUAAACAUGCAGAAUGAAGUCCUCUUGUGUGAUAGAGCUGCUUUUAUGCAAAAGCAGGUCACAAGCUCAAUUUGUUUCCCACAGAG